AAGUUCAGAAUCUGGGAGUGGAGAGGUGCUGAAGCCCACCAUCAUGAGUGCUUGUGACCUGGGCACACACACCAUCAUACACAUACCUCCUACACAGACCCCUCUUCUACCAAGACAGGGAGCCAAAUUAAUCAGUGUCUAUCACUGCAGGAAAUAGUGGCUUGGAAAUGGACUUGCUCAAGGACCUUGAGUCCCUGCAGUUUGAGUAUGGGGUUCCAGAGGAAGAUCGCAUCUGGCUGUAUUUGCAGGGCCGUUCUCGGGGACUGAUGAUUGAGGCUUGUGCCCAUGCAACCUUCUUCUGCAAACUCUUAUGUAAUUUAAGAGCAUCUUUAAAUGAGAAUCAAAAUUCCAGACAACUCUCAGUUGUAUCACUCAAUGCAGCCACUACUGAAGAGUUAAAGGUGGGCAUCAUUGGAGGAGGCCACCUUGGGAAGCAGCUGGCUCACACGCUGUUGCAGCUCGUCCCCAUCCCUGCUGAAAGUCUGCGGAUCUCCACUCGGAGGCCAGAGACUCUGGGUGAGCUCCAGAAGCUGAAAAUCAAGUGCUUUUACCAAAAUGCUAAUCUGGUGAGUUGGGCCGACGUGAUAUUCCUCUGCUGCUUGCCAUCUCAGCUGCCUAGUAUCUGCUUAGAAAUUCAAACCAACCUUGCAAAGACCAGCAUUGUGUACAGCUUUGUAGCUGCCAUCCCACUACCCAGGUUGAAACUACUGCUGAGCCACACCAAUAUCUUGCGGCCUCAGUAUCGGUUUGGGGAAGAUUCUGUCAACAUCUGGGGGGCCAAUAAGGAAAUCAUCGCUGCUCUCCAAGAUCCUACAAUUCUUCAAGCUACUUGUCCUUACAGUCCUGCUGGGGGAAUAAUCCUCAAUAUCAAGUGGUUGGAGGGAGUGCUCUAUGCGGUCCUAAACAUAUGCACAGCAAGAAACAUGGCCCACUCCCAAGUGCUGCAGCUUCUGAGUGACCUCUUUCUCUCCAUGCACUUUGAAGACUGUGGGAAAGACGCAGCAUCUUGCCCAAAGUUCCAGUUAACAGAUUUUGUCAGCCAAGCCUAUGGCAAGAACUUUUCUCAGGAAAGGACUUUCCCCUGGUUUGAUCUGACUGCUGUGCAACUCAGGGAAACUCCCUUUAGCCAGCAUCUCUCAAGCAGUCCUCUUCUCCAAGACCACCUCACCCAUCUAUACUGUGAUUCAUUUGGCAUCUCCCUAACCAACGAACAGCCAGUCAUUUCCACAGGCUCUCCCUCCCAAUGAGAGAACUCAGGAAUCAGGAUUGUUUCCCACUCACAGAUUUUCUCUACAAUGGUUGUGCCCUGAUUAUCACAGUUGACAGUGGGAGUCUUGUGACUGUAUUGUGUUUGCCACAUGAUAGAGAUCAGGAAUUAUAUAACUGUACUAAUGACUCUUUAAAAUGUAGAAUAAAACAAGUACUCCUAUACAUCAAUAUGUGUCUGGCUUUCAGAAUCAACUACUGAAACUACACAACCUAACUUAAGUAAGCAGCUCCUACAGAAAAGCCUUGUUAAUACAAAUUAUUUCUCUUCUAAAAUUCAGGAAGUUAUAAUGUUAUAAGUUUUAAGACAAUUACAUACUGCAGCUUCUUUUCCAAUAAAUCAAGUUCCAACCCAUUUGCCAGCAAUAGGCAGCUGGAAAAAGAUAGUUUGAUUUUCUCACAAUUUUGGAUGGAGAAGUGAAUGUAAACCAUCCUAAUUAAAUUAUGACAUAUCAUGCUUCUUUUGACUGUAUAUGACUGUUCUGGCACUACCUUAUUUAUAGCUAUUUCCAUUUAAAUCAUCAAAAAACCGGGUAUUUAAUGGGCUAAAACUCAUUUUGCAAAAUAUAGAUCUAUACUGCAAA